UAGCUCUCCGACACCAUUCUGCUGCUCCAGAAUGAAGGCCUAUUCAUCACACUGCACCAAGCCUUCGGCAAUUUGGGCAAAUGAAGAAGAGACAGGCUGGAUAAAUGAUAAGAGAAUAAAGAUCUACAGUGAUUGAAUCUGUUUGGGCUUACCCUAUGAAACAAGAAGGAAGACAUCUGUACUUCUUCACAAGGUUCUUCUCAAUGUCCAUUUCAGUUACAAGGUCCUCAACAUAAAGAAGGGGAAAGUUCAGAAGCACACCAUAGAAUAUUCAUUACAUUGUUGGCUGCUGAGAAGAAACAGGCUGCUUUUACCUAUCCUGAGCUGAGAGCAUCUAGAUUUUGAUUGGAUUGUUGCCAGAGCUCAUUAGCAUAGUGUACCCUGACCUGGAAUAGGGAACAGGAAAAUGACCAGAACUUACUGGGACCUGAACGGGAGAUGAGUUCUUGACAAUAUUGUCUACAUCUGGAUAAGAAGUCAGAAGGCUGAUCCACCUAUAUCAAGAACCUUUGAGAGCAAAUUCUCAAAUUCAAAUUGAAGGAAAUUGAAUAGAGGAAAACGUGUGGGUGACCUGACUUUAUCAUGGAACCUGAAGACUUUGAUUCUGAAGACAAAGAGGUAUUAAACUGGGACAUUAAUGACAUGAAACUGCCACAGAAUGUGAAAAAGACCGACUGGUUCCAGGAGUGGCCAGAUUCCUAUGUGAAGCACAUAUACAGCUCAGAAGACAGGAAUGCACAGCGGCACCUGAGCAGCUGGGCCAUGCGCAACACUAACAACCACAACUCUCGCAUCCUCAAGAAGUCCUGUCUGGGUGUGGUGGUGUGCGGCCACAACUGCUCUACCAAGGAGGGGCGCAAGGUCUACCUGAGACCUGCAAUCUGUGACAAAGCCCGGCAGAAGCAGCAGAAGAAAAGUUGUCCCAACUGUAAUGGGCCUUUGAAGCUGAUUCCUUGCCGAGGCCAUGGGGGCUUCCCCGUCACCAACUUCUGGAGACACGAUGGACGCUUCAUAUUCUUCCAGUCAAAGGGAGAGCAUGAUCAUCCAAAGCCAGAAACCAAGUUAGAAGCUGAGGCAAGAAGAGCAAUGAAGAAAGUGCAUGGGGCACCUGCCUCUGUCUCCCUAAAGCUGAAGGGGAACCCAGGAUCCAAGUCUCUUCCAGGUGAAACACAAAGUCAGGGAAGUUUACCUUUAACUUGGUCAUUCCAGGAAGGUGUCCAAUUGCCUGGCAGUUACAGUGGACAUUUAAUAGCUAACACUCCCCAGCCGAAUUCACUGAAUGAUUGCUUAUCCUUCUCCAAGAGUUAUGGUUCAGGGGGAACCACUGAUCUGGCAGACCCGACUUCCACCUUAGACCCCACUAAGCUGUAUGAAAAAUGCAGAUUUUCCAGUAAUAGGAUCUACAAUAGUGGAGACCUGUUUCAGCCUUCUGCCUCUGGAGUCUACUCAGAUUAUGACAAUCUGCAAGCAUGGAAUAAAAACGCUGCUUUGGGGAGAAGCCCUCUCAAUGACAACUAUUGUCCCAAUUAUCCUUUUCCUCUGACCAGCUGGCCUUGUGACUUCUUUCCUUCCCAGAAUUCUUUGGAGAACUUUCCCCAGCAGAUUCCCCUGGAACCACCUGCUGCCAAAACUAGCUGCCACCCAUUAUGGCCAAAUCCAGGGGGCGAGCUUUAUGAAGAGAAAGUGCCUGUGGAUUUCAACAGCUACGUUCCUUCUCUCGCUUACCAUCCACCACAGGAAGACCCCUUUCUGUUCACCUACACCCCCCAUCCUCACCAGCAAUGCUCCCUGCCAGGCAAGAGCACCAAGUGGGAUUUUGAGGAAGAAAUGACAUAUAUGGGUUUGGAUCAUUGCAAUAAUGAAAUGCUUCUAAACCUCUGUCCUUUAAGAUGACUUAAAUUUUUCAACAAUCCCUUCCCUCCUGCAAAAAACAAAAAAACCAAAAAAAAAAAAAAAAAACCCAAAAAACAAAAAAAAACAAAAACAAAACAAACAAAAACUACUUUGAGAAAUGGCUGGAAGAAUUUCCUUAGGAAGCAGCUUUUAAAACAUAACUACAGAUAAAUGGGAAUCACAACAAGUGGUAGGCAAAACAUUUUUCAUGCAAAUAAUCUUUUUGCCUCCUCCACCCUAAUGCUUCCAUCCUCAGUAAGGACUAGAAAUUUACCCAGCCUGCUGUGUGAAAUGCCCUCUGAUCUCCCCACCCCACACUCAUUGUUUGGGGCUUUUAGCACCUCUGCUACCUAUUGGGUUUCAUUGUCACAGACACAUAUCAAAUGGAGCAAAGAUGUGAAGAGUCCGCCUGCUUAGGAUCUCCUCCAUGCCUUCUUUUUCAUAACAAAAAAUGACAGAACCCAGAAACAGAGGGUAGAAAGAGCUGCAGAAGUAUAUAAAGAUAGUCUAGAAUUGAUAUAUUUAAUACUUUGUUUAGUAAUCAAAUUCAUUUAUAAAAUAUAUAUUUUCUAGUUGAUUUCUAAGACUUGUCAAGACAAGAAGCAUGAACUAACUCCAUAAAGGACAGCAAAACUAAAUGGACACAUGAAGAGAAUUCCAGUGUUCUCCUACAUUACUCACGUCCUUCUCCCUCCUCCUCGCUGACUACACCUUUUAAAGGGAUUCGAUUCUGUCCGAUUUAUGUUUAUUCUUUAUGGCACCUAGCUCAGUGCCAAGUUCAUAAUAUGUAAGAACUGUUUGCUUAGAAAAGUAUCUUUGGGGACUGGGCAUGUUGCUCAAUGCUGAGGUGUAUUUAGAACGCACAAGUCCUUGGGUUCAAUCCUCAGUACCGAAGAAUAAGAAAGAAAAGUCUGUACAAUUAACAUGGUCAUGAUUAGCUAGCCAUAUUUGAAUGCAGUUCCUCCUCUUUGCUGAAGUGUGUUAAUGCAAACAAAUAAGUAUUUUUAAAAAUAGAUGAUUUUUUUAUUUGUAACAAACGCACAUGAUAUAAA